AUGACAAACCAUCCAAUAACGCAGCCAGACAAAACAUAUGUCAGCAAGUCGACUUGGGUUCGCUUCACCAAAUUAGUCUUGUCAGUGACUCUUACUGGGAAAACUUUAACUUUGGAAUGUUGCACAAAUGACACUAUAGACAAUAUAAAACAAAAGAUACAAGACAAAGAAGGUAUUCCGCCAGACCAGCAGAUACUUGUUUUUGAAGGUAAACAUUUGGAGGAUGGUUGUACGCUUGCAGAUUACAACAUUCAAAAGAAGGACGCAAUACAUUUGGUUCUACAACUUCGUGGUGGAGGAUAUGUGCUCAGUUACUUGCCCUUAAGUGCUCUGGACCCGAAAUACAAUUACGAUUUUACACAUAUUAAGGAUAUUGGGGUGAUUUAUAUGCGAGGAAAGGUUCAGUAUCGAAGACCAUGUGGAUGGCAACGUUUUGCUUUAAAGGUCUCUGGAAGAUAUGACAAUGGUGAUGACGCUUGGCUUGGUACUGGUGAUGACGCUUGGCCAGUGUCUUAUCAUGGUACUGCCAAGAAUAAUGCGAAAUCAAUUUCCGAAGAAGGAUAUUUGUUGAGCAAGGGAAAACGUUUUGCUUUUGGACGGGGUAUUUAUUCAACGCCCGAUAUUCGCAUAGCCGAAUGCUAUGCAACGGAAUUUGAGUUUGCCGGGAGGACAUACGUGAUGGUGAUUCAGAAUCGAGUAAAUCCAAAAGGUUUAGUCAAGAUUGAGGCGACAAGAACUGGAGUUGGCAAGUAUUGGAUUUCCAAGGAUGGAGAAGAUGUUAGACCGUAUGGAAUUUGUAUAAAAGAAAAGAGCGGGUCGUAA